CAAGGCUGUCCGGUGAUCGGACGGAUAUUGAAAAUUUUCACCGUCGUCGUCUUCGCAACGACUUCACCCCGAUCGAGCUAGGAUUGCUUUACUCCAUUUCAUCGUCCCGUUGAAGCUAAACGGUUUCUGUGAGCUUUUCUCUCUCCCGAAAUGGAGUCUCUUUGCUUUCACGACGGCAACAUCACCGACUUGAUCAAUAUCCGCACCCUCGACAUCCGCCAUGACAAUGAUCAUAGAUUUCAAAUGCACUCCUCCAUGGUACGGAAGCUGUCUCUUGAAAGGGAAUUAGAGGGGCAUCAAGGCUGCGUCAACACUAUUGCUUGGAAUUCUAGAGGGUCACUUUUGAUUUCUGGAUCUGAUGAUACAAGAAUGAAUAUAUGGAACUAUUUCAACCGUAAGCUACUGCACUCUAUAGAGACUGGUCAUUCAGCAAAUAUAUUCUGCACAAAAUUUGUUCCUGAAACAUCUGAUGAGCUUGUUGUUUCUGGAGCUGGGGACGCUGAAGUUCGGCUUUUCCGCCUGUCUCGCUUAAGGGGAAGGAGACUUGAUGAGAAUGUUAUUAGUCCAUCAUCAGUGUAUCACUGUCACACACGUAGGGUAAAAAAAAUAGCGGUUGAGAUUGGAAAUCCAAAUGUCGUUUGGAGUGCAAGUGAAGAUGGAACUUUGAGGCAAUAUGACUUUCGAGAAUGUGCUUCUUGCCCUCCUGCGGCUUCUUCUCAUCAAGAAUGCCGUAACAUUCUUCUUGACUUGCGCUGUGGAGCCAAGAAGUCAUUGGCAGAUCCCCCUAAGCAGUUUUUUUCCUUCAAGUCUUGUGAUAUCAGCUCAACUAGGCCUCAUUUGCUUCUUGUUGGUGGGAGUGAUGUUUUUGCACGCUUAUAUGAUAGACGCAUGCUGCCACCGUUGUCCUCUAGUCAGACAAAGUUGGCACCUCCUUCAUGUGUCAAUUACUUCUGUCCAAUGCAUCUUUCUGACCGCGGCCAUUCUAGCUUGCAUCUAACUCAUGUUACAUUUAGUCCCAACGGCGAAGAGGUUCUACUUAGCUACAGUGGGGAGCAUGUGUAUCUGAUGGAUGUCAAUCCCACACGAAGUUCUAUGCGAUAUUCUUCCAAUGAUGUAGCUAAGCUUAUGAACUUUAAUGCCGUUGUCAAGGAAGUAGAAUUGCAGUCAUCUGUUACUGGUAUCUUUUUAAAUGGAUCUUUACUAAGAAGCCAUGCAACUGCUAAGCUUGAGAAGUGCAGAAAGUUGAUUCAGACUGCCGAAAACUCGUUGAAAGGAGAAAAUUAUUACCAUGGUAUCGAAGCCUGUAACGAAGUCUUGCAUGGUUAUGAGGAUGAAAUAGGACCUACACUUACUUAUGAUUGUCUAUGCAUUCGAGCGGCCUUAUUGCUCAAGAGAAAUUGGAAAAAUGAUGUAUACAUGGCUAUAAGAGAUUGUCAAAAAGCUAGAAAGAUUCAUUCAACUUCAUUUGGGGCACUAAUUUUGAUGGCUGAAGCUUUAUUACAGCUAGGAAAACACAAGGAAGCUAUGGAAUUUGCUAUGUGUGCUCAAUCAAUGGCUCCAGAUGGUACUGAAGCUGCAGAAAAAGUGGAUAGUUUAAAAAGGCUUAUCAAUGCAGCAGAAGUGGAGAAAGCUAAGAAUGAACAUGAUGGACAAUCUAAAUCUGAAAGUGAGGUUGGACAGGUGUUUUCAUUGAGUGACAUACUCUACCACUCAAAUGCAAAUAGCGAUUCUUCACAAGAUGGUGCGAGGUCUGAGAGAGAAGAUUCUGACGAGGAUCUGGAAUUGGCUUUUGAAACAUCACUAAGUGGGGAUGAAUCACACGAUAAUAUUGAGCCCAAUGUCAUUGAAGGAAGACUGAACGUGAGGAUUUAUAGGAGAGAUGAUUCAAGUACGGAGACAAGAACAAAUGGUUCACCAUCGUCCGUGAGCCAAGAUGAGAAAUCAUCUUACCAGCCUGAGGCAGUUAUAGAUAUGAAACACAGAUAUGUAGGUCACUGCAAUGUGGACACUGAUAUAAAACAGGCUAGUUUUCUUGGCCAAAGAGGUGAUUAUAUUGCCAGUGGGAGCGAUGAUGGUAGAUGGUUCAUUUGGGAAAAGAAAACUGGCAGGAUAGUAAAAAUUCUUGUUGGAGAUCAAUCUGUUGUAAAUUGUAUACAGUGUCAUCCAUAUGAUUGUGCUGUGGCUACGAGUGGGAUUGAGAACACCAUAAAAAUUUGGACCCCAAGUGAUUCGCUACAAUCCGGAUUAUCUAAUGGAUUAGAUCCAGAGACUUCAAAUUUUUUAGAUGUAAUGGAAAACAAUCAGCGCAACUUAUGUAGCACUCGUCAUGCGGCUCUGCCUUUUGAAUUUCUAGAACGGUUCAGGAUGCGUGAGCUUGCAGAAGGCGGCCCUCAACCAUUCGAAUGCACACAGAGUUGAUCAUUUCCAACUUCCCAUGGUAAACAGUAAAUUCCUACCUCCCCAUGCUUAUGCCGUUGCUGUUGUUGACAUUUGAUUUUUUUUCCAUGCUUCGGCUGCUCAAGUUACCCUGUAUAAGCUCAGUAUAGUAAAACAAUUUGGGGUUUCAAGCUAACUGUACGUGUUUUUACUUGGUGAUAAUAUCAGGCCAUGUUCAUGCGUAUGUCCCCNAAAGCAAUGGUAAGAAACAUUGGGAAAAUAU